GCUCUGCAGUAAACGCGCCCCAAUCUCGCACUGAGAGACUGUCCGCCACACACGCACUCGCAUUCGCGCGCGCACAGGAGAGAUACAGGAGCAUAGGUAGGGGAUCCAGCUGCAGACAUCCAGAUGUGUGAUGCUCACACUCCGCCAUAUAGGGUCCGUUUGCAUUCACCGGGUUGAAGGGAAACUUUUGCCCAUCCUCGCAUGCAUUGGCUUCAGCUGUGCAGGGCUGUCAUCGAUGUCAUUUCGCCGCUCGCACACCUUUUUAAACCUAUACCACCGACUGCACUGAGGGGGUUGUGGCGAUGGAGCUGACACGGUGGGAUGAAGUCGCAACAGAUGCUGUUGAAUUGAGACGUCGACAAGCAGCCAAAAAGUGCCCUUCUCGGAGUGCGUCAGAGCUCGCAUGGAUGUAGUGGAUGAGGUAGUCGCUGCUGCUACAUCCAAUACUGACAAGGCGAUUUGGAAGUGCAUCCUCACCUUUAGCACACCCCAUCGCCCGCCGGCCGAUUCAUCUGGAAAGCGUUUGGUCCCUUUUAACAUCUCCAGACAACGUCGGAGGAUCUUAGUCAGCAGACCUAUAAUAAUAGGAAGGAUCGUUUUUUUUUACGCCUCUCAUAAAAUGGCAACCGGUAGUGAUCAAGGCAAGGAUGAUCAAAAGACGGAUGUGGUGAAAUUAACCACCUGAUGGAGACCACCAAAGAUACUGUGUCUGACUCACAAUGCUGACCACAUCAAGGUUGUUGCUGCUGCUGCUGCUGCUGCUGCUGCUGCAGGUGUGUGCGUAACAGGCCGGGCCCCCACGGCCUUCACCUUUGCUGUGAAAAUUAUGUCAUAAAAUACUGGGGGCCUGUGUCAAAAGAUUAUUAUUAAUCAUUAACGCGUGCACACGCACGAUGGAUUUGACUGGGUGGGCUCCUUUGAUCAGCUGAUUGGUCCAUUCCCGCUACAACUUCAAUUUGGCCUCCUUCCAGCUUUUUUCUAUUUUAUUUUUUUUAGCUCAUCGACUGAAACCUCUGAUUUAAAAUGGAGUUCGCAAUGGUGGGUGCGGACGGCGGGUGCAACAGCCACCCGCCUUACGGGUAUGCCCAAGCACGCGCCCGGGAGAGGGAGCGGGAGAGGGAGCGCCAGGCGGCCCAGUCCAGAGCGGCAGCAGCUGCGGCAGCCGACAGCGGAUCCGGAGCGGAUGGGGGGUCUUCUUGCUCCACCACCGCCACCACCACCACCACCACAACCCCCUCCGCCUCAUCGGGCGCGCAUCUCCUUAACAACCGCCAGCAUCCGUCUCGCAACGCCAACACCAACGGCAGCGGUACCGCCUCGCGCCCCUCCUCCUCCUCUUCCUCCUCCUCCUCCUCGUCCACUCAGGAUCCCGAGAAGCAGAGACUCCUCAGUGAGCGCAAAAAGCAGCGCGGCGUCGGAGGGUGGAGACGCACCCGAACCUCUCUCGGCGGGGACUUGCGCCACUCCGAACUGGCGCUACUCGGCUCCGUGGAGAACAUCAUGAUUGAGGAGGAAGAGGGCGCCGAAGAAGAGGAGGACGACGAGGAUGAGGAGGAGGAGCAGGGACUCCAAAGGUCCAGUUUUCUGUGCAACAUGGAUGAUGAUGAGGAUGAUAAUGAUGACGAAACCGUUUCGAUCACUGACAGACGUCCUCAAUCCGGAUAUGCAAAUGUUUACAGCGAGUUGGGCUGCUGCGAAAGAGUUGUCAUCAACGUGUCGGGGCUCAAGUUUGAAACUCGGCUCAAGACUCUCACUCAGUUCCCCGACACCCUCCUGGGGGACCCCGACAAGCGCAUCCGGUACUUUGACCCGCUGAGGAACGAAUACUUCUUCGAUCGGAACCGACCGAGUUUUGACGCCAUUCUGUACUAUUACCAGUCUGGGGGGCGCUUGAAAAGACCUGCCAACGUUCCCUUUGACAUCUUCUCAGAGGAGGUCAAGUUUUAUGAACUUGGAGAGGAAGCAAUACAGAAGUUCCGAGAGGAUGAGGGUUUCGUCAAAGAGGAGGAGAAGCCUCUCCCGGAGGACGAGUUCAAGCGCCAACUUUGGUUGUUAUUUGAAUAUCCGGAGAGCUCCAGUCCGGCCAGGGGCAUCGCAGUGGUGUCCGUGCUGGUUAUUGUCAUCUCCAUUGUCAUUUUCUGCCUGGAGACGCUGCCCGAGUUCAGGGAUGACAAAGAGUACUUGCAGCCCAUCCACAACUCCACGCACCCGGAUCACGGUUUUACGCCCUUCAACGACCCCUUUUUCAUCGUGGAGACAGUGUGCAUUAUUUGGUUCUCCUUUGAGAUUAUAGUCCGUUUCUUUGCGUGUCCCAGCAAAACGGCAUUCUUUAAAAACAUCAUGAACUCCAUUGACAUUGUUUCCAUUUUGCCUUACUUCAUAACCCUGGGCACGGACCUGGCCCAGCAUCAAGGAAACGGGCAGCAGACGAUGAGCUUCGCUAUUUUGAGAAUAAUCCGCCUGGUCAGGGUCUUCCGCAUAUUUAAAUUGUCCAGACACUCCAAAGGUCUCCAGAUUCUCGGCCACACUCUGCGCGCCAGCAUGAGAGAGCUUGCCCUGCUCAUCUUCUUCCUGGUCAUCGGCGUCAUCCUCUUCUCGAGUGCCGUUUAUUUCGCCGAGGCGGACGAGCCCACCUCGCACUUCAAAAGCAUCCCGGACGCCUUUUGGUGGGCUGUGGUGACUAUGACCACGGUGGGCUACGGGGACAUGAAGCCCAUCACCGUGGGUGGCAAGAUAGUGGGCUCCCUGUGCGCAAUAGCGGGCGUGUUAACCAUCGCGCUACCGGUGCCGGUCAUAGUGUCCAACUUCAACUAUUUUUACCACCGGGAGACCGACAAUAACGAGGACCAGGCGGAACCGGUGGCUGAGAGCAUGCCGUCGGGAUUCCCCUACUUCUCGAACUUUUUAUGCAAAUAUAAAGGCUCGGCAUCCGGCUCCUCGGUGGGACACAAAGCGGAGUACAUGGAGAUGGAAGAAGGGGUGACGGAGUCUCUGUGCGGCCUGGACAAAAGCCCCAGUAAAGGGAACGGCACAGACAUAAGCAGAAGGAACAGUACGAACUCCAAAUCCAUUCAGACUGACGUGUGAUUACAAAUAUUUUUAUUUUGUUUUUCUUUUCCCGGAGAAAAUAUCAAUUCACCCGAAGUAUAUCAAGUUAGUCACCCAAACAAGUUUUACGCACGGGCCGAAGAGCUCCCCUCCGCCCUCCUCGACAAGCGCUUAGAAGGUCGCCAUGGUUACCAGGUCGCGCAAUAGUUCCACGCACAUCUUCCCCACAACAUUAGGACCAACUGAUGCCAAAUUAAUUCAUCGAAUUUUAGCUGGCUAUACCAAAUUAGACACAUCGUGAUAUUAUAGAAAAAUAGGCUCUGCACUCGCACUUUAUGAGUUUCAUCUGUCAAUAGCUGGAAGAGUAGUGAUGGUCAAUUUAUAGUCGCCAUUUGUUUGCACUCAAGAGGAAUUUGCGCUCGAUUUACAAUCUUGGGAACAAAAAGUGUAGGCUGGCAGACAUUACUUGAUCAUUUAAAAAUAUGAAAAUACACAGUCAAACAUAUUCUCAGUGAAAAUGACCCCUCAAACCCGAUUGAAACAGCCUAAAAGUUCAGCUAAAUGUCCUCGCUCUCUGAUACUUGUAUGAAGUGAAGCUCGAUGAAAGGUCAGUGCAUUUAGCAGUCAUGACGUAAACCAGGGCUAGAAAUUAUCGUGUUGUACUGUACAUGUGCACCCGCCAUGGGAGCAAAGCACAGGAAUCAACGCAUUUAAACACAGCAGGAGGAAGGACUUAUCCCUCCACGUUUUUAAUGAACAGGCCUCAACACAUGACGUCGGUGCCCCGAAACACAUUUACCGUAAGUCACCUCCAAAUGAUAAUAUCCCUUUACACGGACGCAAAUGGAAAAUUGAAGCAAAAAAGACUCUGUCGAGGAAACCCCUUGUGAGGAGGUUGUGAGCAACUUCCCCAUGUUAGCUGGACUUGGUGCACAAUUCUUUUUUUUUUUUUAAACUCAAGAGGACUAUUACUAUCGCAUCUGGAUGUGGACGUCUUCCAAGCUCUGCUAGUGACAGGGCGUAAACCCAGCAUCUCACCAUCGCAGCAUUGUGACCACCAUGGUGGCUACGAGUGGACACUGAAGAAAAACAACAGCUGGAGGGGGCUCGACAACAUGUGGGGGCAUGUGGGGGUGGAACUACUACUUUCUGAAAUAGGUAAACAAACCAUGCAGGGUUGAAUAAAUGAAUAAACUGUGGCCCAGAAUGAUUGCCUUAAUUACCACACAUAAACAGAUGAAGGGAUGAUAUGAGACUUAUGUUUUCUUUACACGUGGAAAAAAUGUCUUGUAAGAAACAGUUGUGAACAUUUUAAUAUGCCAGAGAGAGAACAACUUUCGGUUUCAAAGUCAAAAGGAGGUUUUACGUAGUAGGUGUUAUGAAAUUGUAACUCGUCCCGUCAGCUGUACUAUUUUGAGCUUUCGUAUUGUCAUCCAAACAAGGCUGACCCGAGUUGCUCAAAAGCCUGGAACCGAGUUUUUCCUUGUCCGAGCUGUGUCCUAACAUUACGAUUCUCAUUGACACAUUGUUUUUAGGACUGAAAGAUCAAUUGGUAUCACGUCGCCCAGAACAUUAACAUCCACCCUCACCAAAACAAAGAUGUCAGGCACAUAAACCCCACCAUAAAUAUCUUGCCACACACACCUUCCAUCCCAGAUGAUGGACGGAACUCUCCAGUACUAUCGCCAAGAUUCCCACUCGUAAAGACAAUACACCUUAGGUUGUUCUCAGAUGCAAACCACAAAUGGACCAGCUGCUUUGUUGACUUGUUUCCACUUUUAAGUGUAUGCAAAGUAACAUGAACGCGUGUUCUCUAUUUUUUUAAACUUAGCCUUGAUAAAUACAUAACCAAAGGUGAAACCCUGAACUUAUUCUAUGUUGUGCUCAGAUGUUGUGUUAUAGAUGCACACCGAAUAGGAGACAAUGUAUAUAGCAGACAUUUAUACUUGUGUGUCCUGAGAUGUAUUACAGAGUCAUUUGAGACUUUCAAACUUUAUUUGACUGUUAUAGUACGAGCGUCGAUCAUAAUAAUCAUCUGUGUUUGUUUUGCCCUCAACGAUGCGAUCAUGUUGCUCAUAUUGUUGUGAAUGCUGCUCUCACACGUCUACUUUCUUUUUUCAAUUUUAAUUUAUUUAUUUAUUUAUUUAAAACAUAGCCUAACAAAAAGUCAUUAUUUGAAAACGCAAGAUGACUAAUGUUGUUUGGGCACUGAGGAGCUGAAUUGCCUCCCUCUUACCUCUCCAAUGUUGUUCACUCACAUAGCUGUUUUGCAUUAUUAACUGUAUCUUCAGUUGUAUUUGGGUUUUAUUCAACAUACGGUUUUAAUUAUACUAUCACUUAAGAAUUCCAGAUUUAGAGCCCAAUAUCUUUUUAUAAGUAUUUCCCCUCUUUUACAGAAAAUCCAAAGUACACACUACUGCUCUUUAUUUGAACAAUUUAUAUCUGUAAUUACCUCACCGAUUGUAUCUGUGGGGCAAUAAGCUAUUCACUGAAUGUUCCUGGUGUUUCCAGUGUCAUAAAAACUUGUAACAAUACAGGAUAGCCACAGUAGUUUUACAAUUGAUGUCAGUGGUUGUCGUUGUAAAUUACCCUACAAGGAAGAUGUUUUUAUUGGGAACUAGAUUUGCUGUUUAUCUUGUCACUUAACAGCAGAGUUGCUGGAAUAAAAAAUAAAUAGCAUAGGAAAAGUAUUUCAGGGGUGAAGUGAACCAAUUGUGUCAUGUUACAAGUUAGAAGGACCUAAAUCCUGUUGAUCAAGCUUCUUAACGUCUACAACAAUGAGAUUAGACUCAGUCAUUUCUUUGUCAACUCUUGAAUAAUGUGCACUGUAAGACAUUUAUCAUACGAGAAUAUGAAUCAACUAAGCAGACGAUUUGUGGGGGGAAAAAAGGGUGACAUUUUUGGAACCUAUACACAAAUUAUUUACUCUCAAAAUGCUAACUGCUAAACAACAAGCAUUGUAUGUAUACUGUGUAGAUUGUUAGGACACUUGUAUGCAUAUGCUGCAUUCCCGAGAACUCAGAAGUUGGACAUUUCUGACCUCUGACUAUGCAAAGUGAGUCAGAACAUUGCUUCAAGUUGUUCCUAUGUAGGAAGAGAAGCAGUAAUGCCGGCUGACAGAAAAGAAUUCACAAUGACCUAUUUUUUUUUCUCCUUAUUUUAUAAAUUCACUAAAACUGAGGCUGGAUCUUGUCAUUUCCUAGAGGGAAAUUUCCAACACACUAGCAGUCCUGAAUGCAGCGUUUGCACAUUAUUUAUUUGCCCAAUGUUUGCACCAAAUAGUGAAGUCUUCCUGGUUGGACAGUGUUUUUCUGAUAAGAAAUAUUUGUUUCCUACUAACAUGUACAUGCUUGAUUGUGUCUUUCUGGCAAAUGAGAGCGAGUUUUAAUGGUGUUAAAGUCAACACCUCCAGUCACUGCGCAUCAAACAGCACCAGAAGAGAAGGAAAUGAAUCCGUUUAAGUGAACCAUACUGACCCACUUCCUCAAGUGGGCUAUUAAUUAAAAUAAUGAAGGUGGUUUGACGCUGCGGUUAUGUCAACUAGCCGUGACACAGUCCCUUAAAUCUGCUUUUGUCAGCACAGCAGACCACUACAACACAAAUCAUGAUUGAAUAGCUCACGCUACUAAUUAGAAAAGGUUUCUAACCUGCCGUUAUAACACAUUAUGCAAGUGGUCAUUCAUACUUUUUAAAAAAGAGUGAAAGAAUAAUGACAGAAAAAUGUUCAUAGUUUGUGCAAAGUAUGGAGGUUUGAAAGAUUAUGCUUUACAGAACAUUGCAAAUUGAGUCGAGCAACACUUCUUCCACACACUGCUGAUGUGAAUGAUAACACUGCAAUAUCACAAUGACCACCCGUUGAUAUGCUAAACACAACAAGGUCAAGUUAUAUUUUCCACAUGAGGAUCAAUAACUACUUGGAUUUGGUCAUGUAUCAAUAUAUAAAGUUUCAAUACAUUACGGAAACAUUGUAACAAUUAAUAUCCAUCUUCUAACCUGUUAAAUCAUUCUCUUGAGCAGUAGAAUAUUCAACCAAAUAUCGAAAGUCAUAUUCUUCAGGGAUAUUAUAGUAAAGUAUAUAAUAUAGCAUUUGUGGAGUGUGUUGUGCAAGGGUUGGAGGGGAGUGACCUGUUUAAGUUCAAAUGUCCUGCCAAUUUUGCCUAGCAACAAGUGGCUGUGUCACUGAGAUAAUAUACUUAUUACCCCCCCUCCAAAAAAAACCUAUAUAAUUAAUGUUUUAUUGAUCAAAAAUCAAAAAGACAGCGGUGUGGUUGGGGGUAGUUAGAAAAUCUGACUCUGUUCUUAGGGUGGGGAUUUGCAGUGUCAGCGUUUCAGAAAAUGAAUCAGACAAACUAUUGUUUCUGUGGUUUUGUAUACUGUAAUAGUAAAUACGUAUUGUACUUUUACUAGUAUGUGGCCAACACAGUAAAUAAAAAGAAAAAACCUUACCUGCACUGAAUCACCGUUCAACAUUGUUUUCAGAGGCUUGUCCUCUCAUUUUGCAUUUAUCGCAUCUCGUGAAUGCAAACUCCUCAUUAUAAUCCUAAUUUGUAAUUGAAAUAAUGGAGAAUUUUUAGCAAGCCCUACAGAUGAAUGACUGACUACCUCACACGGGACCACGCUAGCCGCCGGCUUCCACGUUAACACUAACGCCGGUGGGGCCAUCAGACAACAAUCGCAACAAGGUGAGAAGAGAAAAGUGAAAUUCUAAUGAGGCCAGCCUCCAGCGAGAAAACACACGGAGGCUAUGUGCACAGAGGACAGAGGUGUCAUAGCCACAGGAGGGCAAUGAGGCCACGCUCAUCACACACAGUUUACAGUUAUUCUGAGACAUGACUUCUCCAAUUACCAUACAGUGGACCUGCUGGCAAGACCUGUAAGGUGCAAUCAUGCAAUACUGCUGGCGUGUUCAUGCUAUGUACGAAUCCAUCUGAUGAAACAUUUACGAGAUCAUUUUAUGUUUUACCAACAUUCACAGUUGUUAUGCGGUGACCCUUUGUUUGUGUACUUCCCUGAAUGAGUGCAUCGCUCUAAAAUUGAAUGUUGUGGAAAAACCUCAUUUCAGUUGCUUGAUUCAAAAAGUCAACAUAUAGCUAACGGGAACCCAAAAAUAAUCAUUCUAAAAAAUAAUUACCUGAGUUUUUUUUUUCUUAAUCAGACAUUUGGUCAUAAUUAACUUUCAGAAAAGUGUUGAUUGGUAUAAUAUAUCAUUUUUACUUUUGAAAUUGAGCAACUGAAAUAAAUGUACUUUUCUUAAUAUUCAAAUUUACUGAGGGCCACCCUGUCAAUCUUGAAGUACUCUUACUUCACUAACAUACAGGAACGCCAACAGACAGGCGAUAAAAUUCAAUGAUGCAAAACGUAUUUGUGAAAUCCAAAUUUCCAAUCUCCUAGUCUCAAAUGCAGCAUUGCCAGACGUCUCUUAGCAUAAUCAAUUAACAAACAUAAAAAUGUGGAUUCGUUAACACCAAACAGAGGAUCAUAUCAAUCUAAUCACUCGAUACAUUGAUCCCAAGACCAUCAAUACUAAGUGGACGGAAGAUAGGACAAAAUCUGAUGAUUGUAGCUGGCUGCUGAUGGACGGACUGAUUUAAUCUGAAAAUCAUACACAGCAAAAUGCACAUUGGUUGUAAGGUCUUAGCAUAUGAAGUUAAUUGCAAAGAGGAAUAUUGUGGAUACUGUGAUGUACCACCACACUUUUUAUUGUUAACAUAGUGUGGCGGUUGGGGAAAAAAAACACACAUGCAGUGGCACGGCAGAUUGUCAGAGUGAUUAUGUUCAUUCAUGCAGCGUCCUGUGUUAGAUGGCAGAGAGGAGCAAAUGAAUGCAAGGCUGUCAGAGUGCCCCUGAGCAAAGCAACGCACUGCUGCUGUGGGCGAGCACGCUUGGCACCAGCCAUCACUCAGCAAGCUGUGACACAUUCGAGUCGAUUGGUAAGGUGAAAUUAAAGACACGGGACGGGGAUAGAAUUGUUUUUGUUAGCCGUGGCGUAUUUUGUCAGGAAUCAGCAGAUGAAAGAUGUGUUCAAAAUAGAAACAUGAAGAUUUAGUUGAGUUCAGAAAUAUUUGACAGGUUGCAGAGACUACUAUUCUUGCAUGCAAGUUGGUACAGUGUGGACAGCUAAGGUCGAUUUUGAGAUUAUGACUUGGGUUUAUCUCCAUCAGUCAUUGUCAAAUCAUCUGCAAACGCAUUCAGCAAAGAUGCUCUUUGCAUGCAUGCUGCAAAGUUUCCGUACUUUGCAGUCGCAGUCAGUGUUUUGUCAGUGUUUUCUAUAGCUGUAGCUGCUAUAGUGUAAGCGCUUCAAAACGACCAUUCCAUUGUCAUUCUCCACGAAGGAAUGACUGACGAUUAAUAAACAUGUAAAAUAUUUCUACAGUUGAGGUGUAGGAAAUAUCCAUGUGAGUUUUGGCCAGCCUUGCUUUUAACCUGCAUGAAGCUUUGUUUUAAGAACAAUGCAUCCUUAAACAAAGUAUGUUUGAGUUAUUCUUCUUCUCUAUCACACACCUGUUUGCGUUGUAUAUUUGGAGUUUGUGUCUUUAAUGAUCCUUUUUUUGUUGUUAUUAAAAACCUCUGACUUCUGCAUUUUCUACAUUCACAACAUUUUAUAGGCAGCAAUAUGAGGUGAUUGAAAAUGGACUAUGUGCAAUGUUGAAUAAAGAAAAUAAUAUAUUCAAUAAAAAUUCUUAAAACAA